AUGGGUGGCGGCCACGACCCAUUUGAUAUCUUCCAGUCUUUCUUUGGUAGGAGUCCCUUUGGCGAUGGUGGUAGUAGCAGAGGGAGGAGGCAGAAAAGGGGAGAAGAUGUGGUUCACCCCCUCAAGGUCUCGCUUGAAGACCUAUACCUCGGAACAUCUAAGAAGCUCUCGCUCUCGCUCUCUCGCAAUGUACUUUGCUCAAAGUGCAAUGGCAAAGAGUACAAGUCUGGGAAUUCUACAAAGUGCGCUGGUUGCCAAGGAACUGGUAUGGAGGUUUCUAUCAGGCACCUUGGUCCCUCUAUUGUUCAGCAAAUGCAGCAUCCUUGCAAUGAAUGUAAGGGUACUGGCGGAACCAUCAGUGACAGGGACUAUUGCCCACAAUGCAAAGGAAAGAAGGUUGUGCAGGAGAAGAAGGUUCUUGAGAUCCAUGUGGAUUAA